AUGAAGUUCAUCGUUUUGGUUGCCGCCGCCUUGGUUACAAGUUGCGUGAGCGUAUCUUCCUCCUGUUCCCAAGCCAACGCUACUGUCUGUUCUCUCGAGUACGGAGGCGUCGUGCACCCUUCUACAUGCAUCGGACAAAAGUCCACAUGGCUUUACGACUACGCAACAUGCUACGACCUGCCAUCGGAAUGGACCGAGGGAAAUGGGACAUUGACACCGGCGACGGCGGAUGCUGUAUGCUACGCUCAAAUGGCGCCUUGUAGUGCCGUUAGCGAAGAUACCAGUGGAGAGAAGUGUGAAGACACUCCAGAUUGUAGUGGAUCCAUCAUGUUGACGAUGUCGAACCCCAUCGGUUGGAAUCUUGGAAGCUACGGACUUCGACCGUAUGUCAAGUCUUUUGCCUGCUACCCGAGAGGGAAUCCAGCUGGAAAGCCGCUGGUACCUACGGCUACUAGCAGUCUCACGGCUGCUGGACCAACUUCGGUGAACAGUGUCUAA